ACACUUUAAAAGUUUUAACAUCAAUAAUCGAACACCCCCCGAGAUUUCCUGCUAUAAUCUACAACUCUCAAGCUUUCCUGUUCCAUAAAAAAUGGCCCUUUCAACAAUGAUCCAUACCAAUCUUCCCACCGCCCUCUGCGGCGGCGCUGUUAACCGGAUUUCCGUCAUUUCCGCCCACCAACAGGCCUUUGUCGAUUCGAAGCUGAACCGGGGUGCUCGACGUUUGGCUGAAUCACUGACAAGUCUUCUCCAUCUAAACAUCGAACCUCCGUCAAGGAAAAAUCUUGAAUACUCGAACCCAGAUUUGUUUGCUGAAGAAAAACAUAACACCCCAACUACGUCUCCCAAGGAGAUGAUCGCCGAAAAAUGGCGUCAUCUUCACGGCUCUACGGAUUGGGGGAGCCUUUUAGACCCGCUCCACCCUUGGCUGCGGCGUGAAAUCGUCAAGUAUGGCGAGUUCGCUCAAGCGACAUACGAUGCCUUGGACUUCGACUCUUUCUCCGAGUACUGCGGGAGUUGCAGGUAUAAUCGCAACAAGCUGUUUGAGAAACUGGGGUUGAGUGAAAAUGGCUAUAGGGUGACGAAGUACAUCUACGCCAUGUCCACCAUCGAUAUGCCGCGGUGGCUUGAGCGGUCGCGGUUGAUGGAUACCUGGAGCAAAGAUUCCAACUGGAUGGGUUACGUUGCGGUUAGCGACGAUGAAGAGACGCGGAGGAUCGGGCGGAGGGAUAUCGUGGUGGCAUGGCGGGGCACGGUGGCCCCGUCUGAGUGGUACGAAGAUUUCCAAAGGAACCUCGAACCGAUCGGGAUCGGCGAUGCUAAGGUUGAGCAUGGAUUUCUUAACAUUUACACUUCCAAGAACAAGUCCACACGGUACAAUAAGUCGAGUGCUUCGGAGCAAGUGAUGAAAGAAGUGACGACGUUGGUUCAAUUCUAUAGAGGACAAGGAGAAGAAGUGAGUUUAACGAUAACCGGGCACAGCUUAGGCGGUGCAUUGGCACUGCUCAGUGCAUAUGAAGCCGCCGUCAAUCUCCCCGGCGUUCCGGUAAGCGUGAUCUCCUUUGGUGCACCUCGAGUCGGCAACAACGCCUUUCGGGACGAGCUCUGUGAUUUAGGAGUCAAAACUUUAAGAGUGGUGGUUAAGCAAGAUUUAGUCCCUAGAAUGCCAGGGAUUGUUUUCAACGAGAGUUUGCAGAGGUUUGAUGAUAUAACAGGAACAUUAGAAUGGGUUUAUACACAUGUUGGUGACGAAUUGAGGCUCGAUGUUAGUUCGUCACCUUACCUUAAGCGUGGUUUCAAUCCGAUGGGAUUUCAUAGCCUCGAGACGUACCUUCAUCUUGUCGAUGGGUUCCACGGUGCAGGGUCUGCGUUUCGAUCUGAUGCUCGUAGGGAUGUUACCUUGGUGAACAAGGCAUGUGAUAUGUUGGUGGAUGAACUAAGGAUCCCUCAAUGCUGGUACCAAUUGGCUCACAAAGGGUUGGUUUGUAAUGAACACGGCAGAUGGGUUAAACCAAGACGAGAACCCGAAGACAUUCCUUCACCGAUCGGAGAUCAAGCACACAAACAUAGUCUUAGAAUUCAGAUUUAGGAAAAUCAUCAAAUGUUGUACGCAAGCUCUCAAACUU